AUGGAAGAAUUAGAUGCUUUAAUGGCCAAAUACCCCAGUUCCCCAGAUACGAGCACCAAUACUGUUUCAGUGGCUAUGUGUGCCGCUAAGAGCAAUAAGAAUGAUAAACAAAGACUGCAUGGCUCAUCUGGUGAUAACCAUAUGCAUGAAACAGGACAACGCACAGUAACCGUUGUGGCUCGUAUUGAUGACUCCAAAAGACCAUGGCGACUUGCAGUUAAGAAGUAG